UUUUUAUGUUUCGUUUAUUUUUAUUGAACUGCAAAGGUUACCUAAAUGUAAAGCCAACAUCUCAGCUUAUUAUGUGGUUUAAAAUGUAAGGCUAAUAACGAGUAUAUUGCAUAAAAACGGAAAAUAAGCAAUAUAAUUUAAAUUGGUUGGAUUAAUUAGUAAAUACAUUCUUUUGUUUCUACAAUUGAAUUUGAAAAGUAACGACCUUGUUGGCUAUCUUUAGACACGGUCUAAUUUGGCUAUAAUUUUGGUAUUUUCGUUAAAUUAGAAAGUACGUUUGGUAUAUUUGAGCUGCCUCAGCGCGGUCACACUGAAGGUGGAGUGAAACGGCAACAAAAACAACAACUGCGGAUUUGUGGAAAUUUCCGCAAAAAACAAAAUAAAAAUAGACAUUGCCAACCUGCAGAGCGAUGCACAAAGGGGCGCCACCUUGGCAAGUGGGUGAUGCCAACGAGGCAUCCGAACUGGAUGAGCAGGUGGCCAGGGACCGGAGCAUUCCCGACGCUGAAGUAUCAGUGACCGCCCCCAAACAACAACUGAUAAGAAGCAGAGGGACUUUCGAUCGCAGGAUGCUCCUUUUGGGACUCAUCCUGGCCCUAAUCCCGCUUCUCCUGCCCUCGAGCAAUGCCACCCACAUCAGUGGACAAUUCCAGACGGAAGACUUCUUCCAGUUCCUGAUCAAAUUCGGCUUCAACAAGGCGGAUCCAACGCGACGGAACGCCUAUGGAUAUAUCUACGGCAAUCUCACGUCGCCGGACGAGUAUGCGGUUCCUUUGACCCUCGUCGUUCUGGACAGGAGCACCUUCCUCGAGUUCUACGGCAAUCGGACGCAUUGGAGCCGGGAAGCCGCCUGCACGGGGAUGUUCUCGCGCCUGAAACGGAUCGCCUACGAUUCCACGUGCAAUCCUCGAGCCAAGCGGGAUUUCCUGCGACACGUCCCGUGCCCGAAGAAUCAGCUCUGCAGCGAUGAGGAUGCCCCCGAAAACGUUGUCCCGGGAUCACAGUUCACCUAUGUAAUCAACCUGGAAGCGGAACCAAGAUUCUGGUACCUCUCCUUGGUGGCCUGCUAUCAAAAUCAGAGCACCUGCCAGUGGCACGCCCACCAGAGCCUGCCCAAGCUGAGUAAGCUUAAGAGCAACCUACUCAACACCCUGCAUUACGACAUCCACCUGGUUAACUUGCACCCAAACAACUCCGCCGCACAUCCACUGACCUACGAGUACUCGUACGAUCAGCAGAAUCUGCUGGAGAUGUAUCUGGUAUUCCUGCUCGUCUAUAUAGUGCUGCUGCCAAUGCAAAUUUACGCGGUGCGGAGGCAGAAGCAUCCAGUGACCAAGUUGUUUACCCUGAGUCUGCUUAGCGAGUUCGUUAGUUUGGCUCUGAUCACCGCUCACCUGAUUCAUUAUGCGGCCAAUGGAGUGGGCGAGCCGAGAUUGCAGGCGGCGGGCGAUGUCUUGGACAUCUUAAGCCGCACGACCUUCAUGCUGAUCCUGCUGUUGCUGGCAAAAGGAUGGGCUGUGACCAGACAACAAAUAAGCAGGACAGGAUGGAUUAUCCUUAUGUCCAUCUGGGUGCCAUACUGCGCGUUUCACGUGUUCCUCUAUAUCUGGGAUCGGACGGAAGUGGAUGUGGUUUCCGACAUUGACGAAUACCAGACCUGGCCCGGCUGGAUCGUUUUGAUACUACGCACCUCCUUUAUGAUGUGGUUCUUGUACGAGCUGCGCAACACAAUGAAGUACGAGCACUCCACUAAGAAACUGGACUUCCUGCUUCACCUGGGCGCCUCCAGUUUGGUGUGGUUUAUCUACCUGCCCAUCGUGGCUAUUGUGGCGCUGCAGGUCAGCCCCAUGUGGCGCUACAAGUUGCUGCAGGGCAUCACCAACUCGGCUGACUGCAUGGCCUACUGUGUGAUGACAGGUCUGUUGUGGCCACAUCGAGCGGGUCAAUAUCUGCUCUUAGCGGGUACCAAAUAUGCGGGCAUGGAUGAGUUGGAUGAGUUCAACGAAGCGCCGCACAUCGUCAGAGAACGUGAGAGGCGUCGCAAUUCCCCGCCUGAUGAUAUUUCCAUCGGCAUGGGGAGUGGCGGUGGUCGAGGGAUGGUCCUGUCUACAAGCAUUCCACAUUCGCUAAACGGCGAUGCCUGCAACGAUCUUCUGGAGGCGGAGGAUCUCGACGCCGAGCUCCUCACCGAUCUUAACAAAAACAGCCAUAUUGUGGCGUAGAUGCAACGGGUUAUUUGGUAGCUGUAGAAGUCAAUUGUGCUAAAUGAAACACGGAAUGUUAAUCAUCCUAGCAAUUAUCCAUAGAUAUAGCUAGAUUAAAGUGGGUUGGUUUUUUCUAACAAAAAAGUUAAACAAUUUUUCAGUUGAAAAAAAGUGGUUUUUGGAUUGCUUUGAAAAAUGAAUUUUUGUGUCAUUUUAAUUAAUCAUUAGUGGUUACCCCUUUCUUGUUAAUUAUCUUGGGACAAACUGAAAUAUGAAUAAGCGUAAAUAAGAAUCAAAUAAUAUACUUUUCAAUAAUUACAUAAGACCAUCCAAUUAAAGAUAUUAAUUAGUUUUCCAUAUUUGUAAUAUUUGUCACGUAAAUUUCAUUAAAUCUAAAUCAUCGUUACCGAAUUACUUUCUGCAUUCCGCCACACUAAAUUUGUUGUUGAAAAAAUCGACCCACAAUAACCUAGUUAUAAACUUAUCUGCGUGUAUAUUCCAUAUAGUGUGUACCCAUUUACAACGAAGUCAGAGCGAGUGCAAAAAAUGCAUCAGAGAUUGUUGUGUGAUUUUAUGUAAUAUGCUUGAAUUUAUAAUUAGUUUCUAGUUAACGCAUAGGAGAACGAUUCGAUUCGGUACAAUAAGCUUCAGCAUCAUCAUUUCGUUGCGGUAGUUAUUGCAUAAGCUUACAUUUUAACGAACUACCGACUACCUAUAAAGAUAAGCAUAGACUCCCAACCAACCAGCGGUAUUUUGAUAAGAACAAACCAAAACAUAAGCCAACGUCUAGACAAAAAUUGAAAUUGCAAAACGAAAGAUAGUGAAAUAAAUGAAUAUUUAGAUAAGUACUAAA